AUGUUUUUUCUGGCAGCAACGGCAUGCUAUGGAAACGAUACCUCCCAAAUUCCAGAAGAUAAUAAUGUUGCGAGGGCCAGCGAUGCAAUCUGGGACAACGGAGCCGCUUGUGGAAGGCAGUACAAUGUAACUUGCACCGGCACAAUGGAUGGUACAAUACAUGGUUCAACUCCCAUUACCUGCAAGAAUGUAUCGGUUGUCGUCAAGAUUGUUGAUAAUUGCAGCGCCGGAUGCCGUGGCACCAUAGAUUUAGCUCAAAAUGCCUUAGAGGAGAUAGCCGUCCCUGCGGCUGGCGAAGUUUACAUCGACUAUGAACAGGUCUGA